UUUUAGUAUUUUAAACGAAAACUGCGCGACGUUCCUAUUUUACCGCUAUGACGUACUCUUGCAAUCCGGUUUCCGUUGUUGCAAGCAGACCGCGUUCUAUGCUGACACUGUGACCCCCAAAAUGUACUCUUCUUUAUAUCGUACUACUCGAACUAUAAAAGUACGAUAAUUUGGAAACUUAUAAAGAAAAUGUUUUGGCUUUUUAUGAAAUAAUUAAUGAGAUCAAGUUUUUCUAAACAAAAUCUUCAAGUUGGAUUUCUUGAAGACAUAAACUACGCUAUAUUUUGGAUAUCACAACUUUUACAUUCUUCUACCUUUCACCGAAAUGUAUUCUGCUGUCCGUACAUACGACUACGAUUAUCCUGAAUCUGAAAUGGAUGAUCGUGAGAGUCUCUAUUUUGAUACUAUAUCAUUGGCGGAUUCGGAGGCAGCAGCAGCUGCAGCUGCACAUCGUAAAUCACUAUCACAAUCGCGUAACACAAUCUAUCAUUCUGCUGUGGAUUUAAUAAGUGAAGAUACUCCUUCGAAACGGGGUAGCUUACGUUUGGAAAAUGGUAGAGGUACCACUGCCAGAUCAACAUGGAGUAGUCCAAAUUAUCGACAUUCAUCUGCAUUAGAACAUUACAAUAAUGGUUUCGGUAAUAGUACUGCUGCAGCUGCUGGCGAUUAUACUGAUGCUGCUAUUGCUGCACAAAUUUUGGCAUUACAAAAUGGACGCGGUGUGAUUGGUAGUACACCACACAUGGCUACCGAUGAGGUCUCUAGACGUCUAAUACAAAAUAGCACAAAUACUAGUAAAGAUAAGAAAUUGCCAAUUACGUACUCCCAGUGGAAAUUUAGGACGCGGCGAAGAUUUCAAGAUGGAAUACGCAGUGUGGAUUUCGUAUUGGCCUAUAAUGGAGAUGAUCAUGAAGUUAGAAUUUAAGAAAAGCGUGAAGUAUUUGAGCUCAAUCUGGAGAAGGAAGGGCUACAUUUGGAACGUGAUAAUACGCAACGUAUACAUUUUGUUAAGUUGCAUGCACCCUUCGACGUACUUUGUAGGUACGCUGAAAUAUUGAAAUAAAACUGCCUAUGAAAAAGUUACCCAGGUCAAGAGUUAACAAGUGAUAACGACUUUCAAUUUAAAGAUCGUAUAAGUGGUUUUUGUAGAAAUCUCUUUAGUUCAGUACGCCUAAAUCCAGAACUUUUCCACCAAAAGCCACAUCGUAUAUUUUGUGAAUUUUCACGCAGUUAUAAAGAAUUAUUUGAUCUGGGAAUCACCAAAUUUUUUUCGAUGCCGGUGUACGUAAUUAAUUUAUUAAUUUUUGUUUUGGAACGACAACAUUUCGUCGAAGGCGAAGAAACUCCAGAUAAUUUAGGUAUUGAAAAUUACUUUGAAAAUGGAGUCUAUGACAGCGCAUAUACGCUCCAUGAUGAUACAGAUCGAGAUUUGCUGUUAAGUGAAUGGGCUGCUAUUAAAAAAUGGAAACAUUUGCAGCCUUUAGAUAAUAUUAAAGAAUAUUUCGGACCGAAAGUUGCCUUAUAUUUUGCUUGGUUGGGUUUUUAUACGCAUAUGUUAAUACCAGUAAGCAUAAUUGGUAUAUUGUGUUUCAUAUAUGGAUUUAUUACGUGGGGUACAGAUACAAUCAGUCAGGAAAUUUGCAAUGAUAAUAAGACGACACUUAUGUGUCCGCAAUGUGAUCGCAGCUGUGACUAUUGGAAACUGCAAGAGACUUGUAAUUCUUCAAAAAUGAAUUAUUUAAUAGAUAAUAAUUUGACUGUAUUUUUUGCGUUUGUUAUGUCGAUUUGGGCUGUUUUGUAUUUGGAAUUUUGGAAACGUUAUUCAGCUGGACUCGUUCACCGUUGGGGUCUAACCGGUUUCUCACACCAUGUUGAACAUCCACGGCCACAGUAUUUAGCGAAACUACGUAAAUCCAAAACUGUUGCUACAAAGUUAAAUACGACAAAUAAUGUUUUAGAGCCAGAUGUGCCGUUUUGGAGAACAAAGUUCCUACCCAGUUUUACUAGUUAUAGUAUAAUGGUGUUAUUUAUUUGCAUAUCAUUGAUAGCGAUAUUUUCGUUGAUUGUAUAUCGUAUGGCGCAGAAAGCAUCACAUAGUAUACUAGGCAACGAAGACACGAUGACUUACAAAAUUAUGGUCUUACCCAUGACAGCGGGUAUUAUCGAUUUAAUAGUAAUCUCUUUAUUAGAUUAUGUCUACUCGAACUUAGCUGUUUACCUGACAAAUCUGGAAUAUUGUCGUACACAAACUGAAUAUGAUGAAAGUCUGACAAUCAAAAACUACAUAUUCCAAUUUGUCAAUUACUACUCUUCGUUGUUUUAUAUUGCAUUUUUGAAAGGUAAAUUUGUUGGAUACCCAGCUAAGUACAAUCGUAUUUUGGGUUUCCGUCAAGAGGAAUGCAGUCCCGGUGGUUGUUUAAUGGAACUUUGCAUGCAGCUUGUUAUAAUAAUGGUUGGUAAACAGGCCGUUAAUGCCAUUGUUGAGAUGUUGAUACCAUAUUUAUCGCGCACGUGCCGAAAGUUCUGUGCACGCUUUAAUAAAACGCAAGUGGAUACUGAAGAAAAAUUAGUCUCUUGUAAUCAAUGGACUGAAGAUUAUCACUUACAACCAUGGACGAAUACUUCGAUGUUUGCAGAAUAUUUAGAAAUGGUACUCCAAUUUGGUUUCAUUACACUUUUUGGCUUAGCAUUCCCAUUAGCUCCACUACUUGCAUUAAUUAAUAAUGUGCUUGAAGUACGUUUGGAUGCUAUAAAGAUGUUAAAACUAUUUCGUCGUCCUGUGGGUCAACGUGCACACAAUAUUGGUGUUUGGUAUCAUAUGCUAACAAUUGUCACGAAGAUUGCAGUUGCUUCAAGUGCUAUGAUUAUUGCAUUUUCUACAAAUUUAAUACCAAAAUUAGUAUAUAAAACUGCCACGCAUGAUGAGUCUUUGAAUGGUUAUUUAAAUUUCACACUGGCUUAUUUUAAUACAGAACAUUUUCAGGUGCAACCUGUUCUUGUGGGUAGCCCAUAUGAAAAUGUAACUUCCUGUCGAUAUACAGAGUUUCGUAAUCCACCUUGGCAUGAGCAACGUUAUAAACGACCUAUGAUAUACUGGAAAAUUUUAAUGGCUCGCCUGGCAUUUAUUGUUAUAUUCCAGAAUGUGAUUGGAGUUAUACAAGCUAUAGUGGCUUGGGCAAUACCAGAUGUACCUAGUAAGUUACUCAAGCGUAUAAAACGUGAAGACUUUUUAUUGCGUGAACAUAUUAUCGAAUAUGAAAAGAAAACUGCUGCAGAAAAAGUUGCUAUGCAUAAACUUAACGACAAUGCCAAUAUUAUAGGAAGCAAAGUUCUUCCAAAUCAGUCGUCAAAUGCCCAGCAGUCAGAUGCAGAAACUGAUAUACUACGUAAACGUUAUUCUAAUAACACCCCAUCAGAUGGUGUAUACAGCAAUGAUCGAACAACCCCAGUGUAAAAGUCAGAAUAUAUAUCACACUUAUUGUAUAUAAAUUUAAUUUUUGAUCAUUUAUAUUCUAUAUCAUUAUUUAAUUAAGCUGUAUAUGAAUACUCGAUACUACAUAAGCCUAUUUUUAAAAAUACUGAUCUAUUCUAUUUAUGUUGUUAUGUUGAAUAUAAUGCAUUGUAUUUAUAUUUAGUAUUUAUUAUAAUCACACUAAUUUUCAUUCUAAACCAGUGAAAUAUUGUAAUUUAUUUGUUUACUCUCUGUUUGUAUAUCACUUAAAAAUAGUUUUAUAUUUAAACUCUAAGAACAAAUUUGUAAAAGUAAUAUAAUGGCUAUAAAUUUUUGGUAUCACCAGCAGGUAUUUUGUUUCAUUUAAAAUCAUUUUACAAAAUCAGAUGUUAUACGAUGUUAUUACAGAAUAUUGGAAAAGGUGUUAUUUUUUAUAUAUUGUAU